UUAUUUUUAAAAACGGAAUAUUUGAAAAGUAUAAACUAUUGUACACUUUUUAAAUGCUUACAGUUAAAUGCUAAAUUAAAUUUGAUAAUAUAAAACAUAUGCUGAAUUAACCUCGAGGGGUAAACCGCUGAUGAAUUUCUGUACACUAAUGCCAAAUAAUUUAGUACUAAUACCAAUAAUACCACGAAAAUGCCAAAAAUGCCAACAUCUUGUACACCAAAAUACACCAGCGGUUUACCCCUCGAUUAACCUAUAGUAUUAUAAAACGUAUUUAACAACGCCACUAACAAACCAUAUAAGAUCGCAGGGUUUGCAAUCUAUGCUAUUAUAACAGAUUAAGAUUUAAAUAAGACAUCAUCAAAAAUUAAUUCACCUGUAAGUUGGAUUUAUAAACUCAGCAGUUGAAGUUUAGUUGAGGUAGCAAAUGUUCAACACUGUGAAAUCAAGGCGCGAAUAUAUAGUCAGUUCGUUUUACGUUCAUCGAGUUCAGAGAUGGGCAAUGUCUUUACAUAUCGAACUUGCUUUGCAUGAUACCCUUUCCUGGAUCGUGUUCAAAUCACAUCAUCGACUGAACAAAAUAUUACAUGAUGACCGUAAAACACAUCGCACAAAACAAAGUUCAAAUCAUAGAGAAAUAUAAGUUCCUCGGGAAAUAAAACUUCCUCCAUCAUUUCUGUACGCACAAACACAAAACAAACAAACAAAGUAUAUGCUACACAAAAUAAUAACAAAAUUCCAAAAUUCAAAACAUAAUUGUAAACAACUGCAAAAUACAAAUAAUUUGCUGUCAUGUCACUUGUCAAUCUUGUCAUGACACGUGACAGGUAGCAGGUGGCGACGCUUUGGAGCCCUAACUGAACUAUGCAACAUUAUGGCCAAGUUAGACAACCUUUCAAACACUCUUUUAUUUUAGUUACUUUAUGGCUCAGUCAGUUAACUACCGACUGUUGUGCGGAAAGCUUUGCGAGUUUUUCUGCAAAAUCGGCACAUUUCAAAAUAAAUUUUAAUUUUGUUUGGGUAUAUGUCAAGAAAAGUGACAGAUUUGGUUUUGUGACGCUUUUGAUGAAAAAAGUUGUGACACUUUUCCUGAUAAAUUAGUACAAAAUGUCAGAAAGAUCCAAGCUAAUUUUAAAACUGGCCAAAAACAGUCGAGUAAUCAAUGGCAGUGAAUGGGUAUUUAUACCUUUAAAUUCGUCAGAAAACGAUCAAGGUUUUUUGGAGAAUUUUAUGAACAUGGAUGGUCCACGAGUUUCCGACUCUAGUUUGAAUUCAGAUUUUCAGUUGAAUAAUAUUGAAACCGCUAGUGUUUCACAAAUAGAGCCGAGUCAAAAUGAACCCAUUUGUAUUUCUAUAGAGUCUGAAAUCACAAGAGAUCAAGAAACCUCUAAGAAUACGUCGACCAUCAAUAAUUGCCCUAUAGAUGACAUAACGGCUUGUGUUCCUAAAGAACUACCUGUUCCAAAUCAACCAUUUUUCGUCUUAGGUACUCAAAUCACAGAAAAAGAAGGUACAGAGAUUUCUAACGAGGCCUCAACAAUGGAUUGCUCUGCGGCAAGUCCGUUUAAUAAUACAGAAAUCGCAUGCACUGCUGAAAGCUCGCCAAUUUUAAAGGAAUGUGUUCUUAAUUCAGUAGAAUCACAGCUGUCGGCGGAAAAUGACGAAAGUGACGAAGAGCCGUUUUCGUCGGAUGAUUCUGUACGUGAUCUAAAUUUUGUACCAGAAUUUUCCUCCAGCAGCGAUGAUGAAAACUUGCCAGAUGGUCCCGCAGUACCUGAUGAACAGAAGAAGGUCAGAAAAAGAAAAGCAAAUCCAGAGUCUUGGAAGAAAAAUAUAGCGAAAAGGCAAAGAAAUUCUGGUCAAUCUUACAUUUCUUGUAGCAAAACAAAAAAGACAUUUAAAAAGAGGGAAAUAGGAAAACCGUGCAAAGAAACGUGUUGGUUGAAAUGCAGUUCUUAUAUACCAGAUGAGACCCGACUUAAAAUAUUUUCUGAUUACUGGAAACUGGCCGAUCUCCAGAGCCAGCGCUGCUUCUUGUCAGCACAUAUUGAAAAAUUAGGGGUGAAAUAUCGUUAUACACGCGAAGGUAGCAGUAGAAAGCCAAAUAACGCCUUUUAUUUUAUGAUAGAUGGAAGGAGGCAUAGAGUAUGUAAAACUUUUUUUAAGUCAACGCUGGCCAUUUCAGAUCGACCUAUAAGAACAAUCAUUGAAAAGAAGACACUUUGUGCCGGGGGUAUGAUUUCUUCUGAAAUGCGGGGCAAACAUGGCAAACAUCAUCGAGUAGAAGACACAAUUAAAAAUGGGAUAAGGCGUCAUAUUGAAAGCAUUCCGAAAAUCGAAAGCCAUUAUAGACGAAGCGAUUCCAAAAGAGAUUACAUUGAAGGAGGCAGAUCCUUAGCAGAAAUUCAUCGCGACUACGUGAAUACCUGUAAAGAGAAAAACGAACCUUUUGGCAACUAUCUAAUGUUCAGUAGAAUAUUUAAUUCCGAAUUUAAUAUAUCUUUCUACUCGCCAAAAAAAGAUCAAUGCGAGGAUUGCGUUGCUUAUUUCAAUGCUUCUGAUGAAGAAAAAGACAGCUUGAAACAAAAUUACGAUAGCCAUUUAAUAGAAAAAGAUUUAUCUCGUCAAGAGAAAGCCCAUGACAAGGAAAAUAGUCCUGAUACUACUAUUGUGGCUGUCUAUGACCUCCAAGCCGUACUGCAGUGUCCAAGAGGUGAUGUAUCUUGUUUUUAUUACACGUCAAAACUUAAUGUAUUUAAUUUAACCGUUUACGAAAUAAAAACAAAUACUGCCAAAUGUUUCGUGUGGGACGAAUCGCAGGCUAAUAGAGGAGUGUGUGAAAUAGGCACUUGUCUAUUAAAGUAUGUCCAGUCACUAGAAACUUAUGCCGACCAAAAUGAAAACAAAGUCAUAGACAUAAUUUUUUUUUCGGACAAUUGCUGCGGCCAGCAGAAAAACCGUUUUAUGCUAGCUACGUAUUUUUACAUAGUACAAAAUUAUGCAUACGUUAACUCCAUAACCCACAAGUUCCUUAUUAAAGGCCAUACACAGAAUGAGGGCGACAGUGUCCAUUCGGUUAUUGAACGACAAAUUACACGUUCGCUUAAAUCAGGACCGAUCUAUGUUCCUGACCAAUAUGUCACCCUUAUUAGAACCGCGAAGAAGACAGGUCAACCGUAUGCAGUAGAGGAGUUAAACCACGAAAGCUUUUUCGAUUUAAAGGACCUUGCCAAAUUGGGAUUUAAUAACCUCAAAACGUCGACCAACGUGCCUUUAAAAAUUGGCGACUUAAGAAUUGUAAAAUUUGUUAAGAACCAAAACAAAUUAUUUUUUAAAAAUUCUUUUGAAGAAAAAGAGUUUCAAACAGCCGAAAUAAAAACACCCCGCAGCAAUAGAAGCGAUCAAUUAGUUUUACACCAGUUGUAUGCAACUAAACCCUCCUUGAAUGACAAAAAAAAGGAAAGUAUUUUAGGAUUAUUUAAAAAAAAUGUUGUACCAAAGUACUAUUUUAAUUUUUUUAACAGUCUUUAAAGUUUUUGUUAGGUUAAGCAAACAGUACCUGAAGUUGUCUGAGGGUCUGAUUCUUGUUACCUACUGUUUUUUACUAUUUAUAUAGUUGUCAUUUAAAUCAUACUUUUAAGUAGUUUAAUAUUGUUUUAUUUAAACAGUUUGUUGUUUUCAGAAUUCGUUUUUUAUGUUUAUAUGAAUAAAAUAAAGUUUUAUUAAAUAUUGUUUGGAUAGUUAUAAUUACAAAAACAACUAUUAGUUAAUCUGGAAAAGUGACAUAAAUUCACAAAUAAGCAUCUAAAUCUAAAUGCAAAAAAGAUACAUUCUAAAAAAAUAGCAGGUUUUAUAAUCAAAAGGUUACUUUAAUAUCUACGACUUCUAUAUGUAACGUAAUUAUAAAAUUUACAGUUUAAUACCAGCUAAAAGUCUUGCUAAAACUUUAAAGCAUUCUCCUGAAAAUUUUGAUUUUUUUAGUUGUGUCACUUUUCUUGUGCAUAGGCGAUAUGUUCUUGUCCUUGUAUUCUUUAGUCAUUUGCCGAGCUGAUAGUAGGGUUAGGUUAGGAAUGGAACUGAAGAAAAUGAAUUUACCUUAAUUGGCCCUUU